AUGGAUGAGGGUGUGGUGGGCGCGGGGUGGAGGGCAUUCUCCGAUUGCAAGGAGAAAAGUGUGUGGGGGUCGGAGACGUUAGAAACUUGCAAAGCUGGGGCCCAUGGAGUUGGGGACCCCGCUGCAGCUGUGCGCCUUUCGCAGCAGCUGCUGGCGUUGGGCGCCGAUGUAACACUGUGCAGCCGCUGGACCAACAUGAACGCGCUUCACUACGCUGCCUAUUUCGAUGUUCCAGACCUGGUGCGCGUGCUGCUGAAGGGUGCAAGGCCAAGAGUGGUGAACUCCACGUGCAGUGACUUCAACCAUGGCUCAGCCCUGCACAUCGCUGCCUCCAACCUGUGUCUAGGUGCGGCCAAAUGUUUGCUGGAGCACGGUGCCAACCCAGCGCUGCGGAACCGAAAGGGACAGGUGCCAGCAGAGGUGGUCCCAGACCCCAUGGACAUGUCCCUGGACAAGGCAGAGGCGGCACUGGUGGCCAAGGAGCUGCGAACACUGCUGGAGGAGGCCGUGCCGCUCUCCUGUGCCCUCCCCAAGGUCACGCUACCCAACUAUGACAACGUCCCGGGCAAUCUCAUGCUCAGUGCACUGGGCCUGCGCCUGGGAGACCGCGUGCUGCUGGAUGGCCAGAAGACGGGCACACUUCGGUUCUGCGGGACCACGGAGUUCGCCAGUGGCCAGUGGGUGGGCGUGGAGCUGGAUGAACCUGAGGGCAAGAAUGAUGGCAGUGUUGGGGGUGUCCGUUACUUCAUCUGCCCUCCGAAGCAGGGUCUCUUUGCCUCUGUGUCCAAGAUCUCCAAGGUAGUGGACGCACCCCCUUCAUCAGUCACCUCCACACCUCGGGCUCCUCGGAUGGACUUUUCCCGUGUCACUGGCAAAGGCCGCAGGGAACACAAAGGCAAGAAAAAGCCCCCGUCAUCCCCAUCUCUGGGCAGCCUGCAGCAGCGGGAAGGAGCCAAGGCUGAGGUUGGAGACCAAGUUCUUGUCACGGGCCAGAAGCAAGGGACCGUGCGCUUCUAUGGGAAGACAGACUUUGCCCCUGGUUACUGGUAUGGCAUUGAGCUAGACCAGCCCACUGGCAAACAUGAUGGCUCUGUCUUCGGUGUCCGGUACCUCACCUGCCCCCCACGGCAUGGAGUCUUUGCACCAGCAUCCCGAAUUCAGAGGAUUGGUGGAUCCACUGACCCCCCUGGGGACAGUAUCGGAGCCAAAAAAGUGCAUCAAGUGACAAUGACACAACCCAAGCGCACUUUCACGACAGUCCGGACCCCAAAGGACAUCGCAUCAGAGAACUCCAUCUCCAGGUUGCUCUUCUGCUGCUGGUUUCCCUGGAUGCUGAGGGCGGAGAUGCAGUCUUAGAGGCCUGGAUACCUGACA